CCGAGAUUGGGAACGAGAGGGUUGUUCUGGGAACGAGACGAUAUCUGACCCUACGUAAAACGGGAAGGAAGAUCGUACUUCCUUUCAACAAACUUUAAUUUUUUCGUCCAGACAAUUCUUCUGUCAGAUAACUUCGGUGUUCCCCUGAUGUAGAGAGUUGGGUGUCUCUGUGUGACCUUCAUGUCGGCAGUAGGGACUCCCUGAUGAACAGAGACAACCGAUUUUUCCCCGCACCUCCAGUCGUUCGACAUUUGGACCGGGAUUUGAAUAUAAGGGAUGACUUGAUUGGACGGCUGCUGCCUCAGGCCCGCCAAGUCGUGAUUCGCCGUCGGCAGGCGUUCCGUGAGCGUCGCCAGGCGCGGCGUGAGCGGUAUGAACGAGUGCAGGUGGACGGGGACAUGCUCAGUUACCAUCCAGAUGAAGCCUGGAGAGUAGGAGUGUUUGUGUCGUCACAACCCAUCACCCCAGACAGGAACUACUUUGAGGUUGAUAUCAUUGAUUCUGGAUUGCUGUCAACAAUCGCCAUUGGUCUGGUCCCUCUGAACUACCGUCUGGACCACCAGCCCGGCUGGGGUGUCGACUCUGUGGGAUAUCACGCAGACGACGGAAAGCUAUACAAAGCCAAUGGACAAGGCCGGGCCUUUGGUCCCAAGGGUUUUGUUGGUGACAGACUCGGCUGUGGCAUCAAAUUUGACGAGGAAGGAACACAGGGGAGACCCGCAUCUACAGUGUCAGCCUUCUUCACUCAUAACGGCAAGGAGCUGGGAACAGUCCAGGUUCCCCUGCCCGCAGAAGGCCUGUUCCCUGCGGUGGGGAUGCACUCGGAGGGAGAGGUGGUGCGGCUGCUGCUGGAGGUAGAGUGGUGCCAGGAGGACGACUCUCUCAUGAUGAUUGACAGCUGUGAGGAGGAGUGGUCGCGACUCCACGAUGUCAGAGUCAACGGAGCGAUACUGGAGUACACCGGACAAGGCAAGAGUAUUGUAGACGUGGGACUGGCACAGGCCAGAUAUCCCCUCACCCCUACACACCACUACUUUGAGAUCGAGAUAGUAGACCCGGGCGAGAACUGUUACAUUGCAAUCGGCCUCACAAGAAAGGAUUAUCCUAAACACAGACACCCCGGGUGGAACAAAGGCUCUAUAGCUUACCACGCAGAUGAUGGUAAGAUCUUUGUCGGCAGCGGUGUGGGAGAUGCCUUUGGUCCACGCUGUCACACAGGUGACAUCAUGGGCUGUGGGAUCAUCUUCCCUCGGGACUACAACCUGGACAGUGAAGGGGAGAGUGACAAGAGCUCGCCUGAUGACCCACAGGGACAGCCCAAAAAAAAGGAGCCACAGAACCAGCUGGAGGAGCUGGUGGACAUGUACGGCGGCCAUGACAGCAGCAGCGACAGCGACAGCGAGGACGACGAGUGGUUCCAACACGACGAGGAAAACGGCAUCCAGGUUCAGGUCUUCUUCACUCGUAACGGAAAGUGCCUUGGUAGGAGAGACGUUCGGAUCCCAAAGGGCGGGUUCUUCCCCACCGUCGGCAUGCUAAGUAGCGAGGAAAAGGUCCGGGUUGACCUGCGACCCCUCACAGGAUAGAGCAAUGUCUCCGUUAUGCAGGAAAGAGGAGGACAAUCAAUUUCCUGGACAUGUCUGGACUUCUGUGUCCAGUUGCCGUUUUACACUUUGUAUGUACGGAACUAUUCAACAGUCUGUAACGUAUUUGUCUCGACAAUACCACAUUCUUUACUUUACUGCUUCCUUGCUAUUCAUUAUUUCCUUUGCUUCAGAACUACAGAAGCUUUUUAAGAUUUUACAAGCUGCGACUUCUAAAUGUUGACAGAACUAUGCGAUAUAAAGAUCAACAGUUGUUUAUUAUUCCCUGGCGGAAACUGUAGGGGCCAUGAACAAAACAGGACGGGACUGUUCUGUUUUUAUAUGAUAAUUAUGCCAAAAUGUGUCAGAUUCACGAUGGAUGUAUGAUAUACUAGUAGUGUUGAAACUGUUAGAAUUUCUCUGUGAGACCAAUUGGCAAUAAAUCUUUUGGAAACAA